AUGGCGAGUCCACCACCCUUUGCGGGAUCUGCCACUAGGUGUCCUGGAACCGAAUACGUCUCGAGAGGGUGUCCACAGCACUGUUGCGUAUCCCCGGAAGGUGGUGAGCCGAUAGCUCCACCUGGUUUCCCAGGUUCCGCAUGCGGACCCUGUAGUCCAGUAAACACCUCUGAAUCAGAUGAGGCCAGAGAGCUGCUGAAGGAACCAGACGAUGUACUGAAGUCAUUUGCCAAUAAGCCACAUCAGUUCGUGCAUCGAAACCAUUCCCGUCGACCGGAAUUGGCUGGUGAGCUCUGCAAGGGAGUCACAUCUCUCCUGAGAGGCAAACAAGCCUGUGCUCCAUGUCAAACUGCAUACCCAGAAAAACCAGGCUGUGAAGCGGCAAAGGACCUGAGGGAAGAUGAAGAGUCAAAAGAGGAGGAGACCGAAGAGGAAACCGAUAUCCACAUGACACUACUACGAGUGUCCAGGGAUCAGAAAUUCUCCUGCGCCAAGCUGACCAAUCAGAUAAUUGAUUACAUACAAGAUGCCUUGCUACAAAUGAUAGACGACGCUUCAUGGAUGGACGAACUUACGAAAAAUACUGCCAAACAAAAAAUAUUAUUAAUGCACAGAAAUAUUGGUUUUCCAGACUGGAUAAAGAAUGACACUGAACUUAACGAGUAUUAUGAAUCACUUGACUUUUCACCAACUGACUAUUUUGGAAAUUACCUACAAUAUAUCAAAUGGGGGAUAAAGAAGAACUUUGAAUCAUUGAGGAAACCUGUUGAUCGCACAGAAUGGCCAUUUGGUCCUGCUAAGGUCAAUACGUUCUACAAUGCAGCAUAUAACGAUUUGGUAUUGUCAGCAGGAAUUCUUCAAGGUACUUUUUAUCACAAAGACUCACCAAGUUAUCUCAAUUUCGGGGGCAUUGGGGCCAUAAUAGGACACGAGAUGACACAUGCUGUUGAUGCUGGCGGUCGGAUGUACAACAGUAGUGGCAACUACAUGAAGUGGUGGAGUAAUAGCUCUAUACAGGCCUACGUUAAGUUGGAAAACUGCUUUUUGAAACAAUAUUCUACCUAUAGGGUCGAGGAAUGCAAUAUUAAUCUGAACAGCCACAAGACAUUGGGAGAAAACAUUGCUGACAAUGCAGGUCUCAAGGCAGCAUACAUGGGUUACAAGUUGUGGGUCAAAGACAAUGGGGAAGAACCAUGGAUUCCUGGUAUGGGUUUUUCCCCAGAACAACUGUUUUUCAUUAAUUUUGGGUAUGGUGCAGUAAAUACACCGAACAAAGCGCUAGAUAUCAAGUCUUAUUCGGUUCACACAGUCCAGGGAGGAUCAGGUUACAUCGUUAUGGAUCGCUUCUAUUUAGUUGCUGUUAUCUGCUUGAUUCUCAAAUUCACCGAAAUCUACGGAAGACCAUCCCAAAUUGUUGUUCUGGAUUCAGUGACAAGUGACUUAGGUCAAGUACCAUAUAACGUGACAACCAUUGGUGAUGAUGACGACGAUGUCGAUAACGACGAUGAUGACGACGAAGUUACUGGAAACACGUAUUGUGAGUCAAAACACUGUCAUUAUGUUGCUGAAGCCAUGAAAGCGCGGAUGGAUAUGUCAGUCGAUCCCUGUGAAGAUUUUUACCAGUUCACAUGUGGUAAUUGGAUUGAGUCACAUGAUAUACCAGCGGACCAAUCACGAUUCGACAUGUUCAAGGAGUUAAGGACGAACGUCACACGAAUGAUGAUGGAAAGUAUAGAAAACCCAAUCAAAGAUAACGAUAUCAAACCAAUUGUAAACGCCAAAAAUAACUUUAAAGCCUGUAUGGACCUGGACCAAAUAGACAACGCCGACAAGAGACCGUUGACAAGGUUUCUGGAGUCUCUUGGUGGAUGGCCGGUGCUGGGCGACAACCCUGGUGGUAGAUGGAAUGCAUCUCUCUAUAAACUAGAAUCUUUGAUGUCUCUGAUGUUACGAGAAAUUGGUAAUAGUUUUUUAUUCUCUACAUAUGUCAGCACCGAUAUGAAACAAUCGUCAAGACAUUUAAUUAAGUUUGACCAGGCCUCACCAAGUUUACCGAGUCGAGAAUAUUACUUAGACAAAUCAGAUACAAUCACAGGAAAUAAGUUUCUCAAAGCAUAUUUUAAUUUCAUGAUCAAUGUAUCACUUACGAUGGGAGCCGAUGAAAAUGAAGCCGACAUGCAACUGCGAGAACUUCUUGAAUUUGAAAUAGCGUUAGUUAACUUUACUUCGCCAGAUGAAGAAAGACGAGAUAUGGAACGACUGUAUAACAAAAUGACCAUACUUGAACUUCAAAAAACAAUACCAGAGUUUGACUGGAAAGGAUAUCUGAACAGCACCAACUUCGUAAUAGUGAACGAUACGGAGGAAGUGGUUGUGCACGAACCAUACUACCUAGAGCAAGCCAUGCGACAUAUCUCAAAAACUGAUGCCAGGACUGUUUCAAACUAUCUUGUAUGGAGGGCUGUUGCCAACGUGAUAAUGGAGCUCGGCUCAGAAUUCAGACACAUCGCUCAAGAAUAUUCAUCUGUUAUAUUUGGCACUAAUUCAGAGAUGGAACGAUGCGAGGCAUGUGUGAAUCACAUUAACCACGCCAUGAGAUUUGCUACAGGUCGGAUGUUUAUUGAAGAGCAUUACGAUGAUGAGAGUAAAGCUAGUACCAAUCAGAUGAUCGAUUACAUACAAGAUGCAUUCCUACAAAUGAUAGACGAUUCCUCGUGGAUGGACGAAGUUACCAAAAAGGAUGCCAAACAAAAAGUAUUAGUAAUGUACAGGAAGAUUGGUUUUCCAGACUGGAUAAAAGAUGACAAUGAACUUAUCGAGUAUUAUAAAACACUCGACUUUUCGCCAACCGAUCAUUUUGGAAAUUAUCUACAAUAUAUAAAAUGGAGGACAGAAAAGAACUUUGAAUAUUUGAGAAAACCAGUUGAUCGUACCGAAUGGGCAGUUGGCCCUGCUGUUGUCAAUGCAUUUUACGAUUUUACCAGCAAUGACUUGACAUUCCCUGCAGGAAUUCUCCAAGGUAUUUAUUAUCACAAAGAAUCACCAAAUUAUCUAAAUUUUGGAGGCAUUGGAAUAGUAAUAGGACACGAGAUGACGCAUGGUUUUGAUGACAGGGGGAGACAAUACGACAACAGUGGCAACCUAUUGCAAUGGUGGAGUAAUAAUUCUAUCAAAGCCUACCAAGAGAGGGCGCGCUGCAUUGUGGACCAAUACGCUGAAUAUUGGGUGGAGGAAUGUAAUAUGACUCUGAACGGCGUCAAAACACAAGGAGAAAACAUUGCUGACAAUGGUGGCCUCAAAGAGGCGUACAUGGGUUACAAGUUAUGGAUCAAAGACAAUGACUCCGAAGAACCAAUGCUUCCUGGUAUUCCAUUUACACCGGAACAACUUUUUUUUAUUAAUUUUGGGCAGAUAUGGUGUAGUAAAUACACGGAACAAGGGGCAAGAAAUAAAGUUUUAACCGGUGCUCACAGUCCAGGGAGGUAUAGGUGCAACGGCAGUGUCUCAAAUUUUCAGGAAUUCUCCUCAACGUUCAACUGCACAGCAGGAGCUACAAUGAACAGAGAUAAAAAAUGCUCAGUCUGGUGA